GGUUUUUGCGCCAAUUUUGAGCCGUGAGGGGAAGAGACCCGGGGCGGCGCGGAAGGAAGACACCAGCGAAAGGCCCGCAGAGGAAGAGGAAAGGGAGGCCAUGAUUGGGCAGAGGACGCUGCGGUCCUUCUUCUCCCCGCUCCCCGCCGGAGAGAAGCGGAGCCGCGUCUCGGAGCCGAACCAGGACGCCGAGGAGGCGCCCAAGAGGCCCAAGGCCAACUCCACCUCCGCCGCAAGAUGGCCUCCUGCAACUGCUGCUGCCGCACUGACCCCAGAACAGCUGGAGCGCAUCCGGAAGAACAAAGAGGCGGCCCAGCAGAGGCUGGCCUCCCGCACCGUCGUUGUCUCUGCGGCCCCCGAAAUGGCGCCUGGAUGGAAGGCCGCCCUGGCCCCUGAGUUCGCUAAGCCCUACUUCCCCCAGGUGGGCCACAGCAGCAACACAGCUUUUCCCAAACUCUGCUCCUUGAGGACUCCAACUCCCAGAAGCCACCACCAACAACAGCACUCAGGGAUUCUGGGAGUGCCAGAACAUCUCCAGGACUAGAGUUUGGGACCACUGCAGCUACAUGGUGCUUA